AUGGGUUGUUUCUUUACCUGCUUCCGUCCCAAAGAUGAGCGCUCUAAUCGAUCUCGACCGCACGCCAUAUCCUCCGAUUCUCUUCGAUCCAAACCUGCUCUUAAAGAAGAAUCUCUGCAUGGUGAUAUUGAGAAUCCUUGUUUAGGGUCUCCAAAGAUCAACAAGGGACUCAGGGAUGAGAGACUCCAUCUGAAAUUCGGAAAGCUUGCCAAAAGUUUAAAGGUUCGCCUGCUCACGAUAAAGAUUCGAGAACCUUCAAAGUUCCAUUCUUGGCUUCCCAACACGUCGAUGGAGAAAUUUCAGAUGGAUAAUCAAACUGAUCAGCCCCCUACUCCGGUUAAACUUUGUGAAGAGUGGGGAAAGAGUUCAGUUUCUUCCGAGCAGACACCUAGCAGCUGUAUAACAACCAGUGAAGAUGGUGAGUCAGGGAAAAGAGUGAUCAAGGUUCUUGCAAAUGAGAGUGAUAAUGUUGUUGCUGGUCCUUCUUGGCUUUCAGCUACAAAUGUUCAGAGCAGGAACAAGUCUGUUCGCUUUGAAUGUGAUUUUGAUACAUCUUCUUCUACAAGGUCUUCAUCUGAAAACAGUUGCCAAGUUCCUAGGAAAUAUGAAUCUCCAGGGAAUCUGAAUGUUUCAAAGCUUUCUCCUAAACCGACCCCACUAAAACUUUCAGAUGACAUGCAAACACCCGGUACUGUUUUUCCUGCAAACCUAGAAACUUUAGCUAAUGGAAAGACUACGAUCAGGUCCCAAUAUGUUUAUUCAGUCUUGAACCCCGUUGAAAAUGCCUCUCAGUGGAAGUUAUUGAAGGAAGAUGAUUUUAACUCACUUAAACUGUCAGGUCAGCUGAGUGGAUCUCUAGAGCAGUCUGAAAGUGCAACUCCUAAACCAGAAUGGGGAGUAAAAGAAACUUCCACUGGGAAAGAUUUGAAGGCGGAAGCGAGCUUGUCUUCUUGGGUCAAACCACCACAGUCCGCACAUGAUGAAGAUAAUACAAAUGUUGGUACCGCUUCUAUAAAAAAUUUUCGUUUCGGCAGAACUCCUGGGGACAGGCCUAUCAUUGGGAUGGUUGCUGCUCACUGGAAUGAGAAUGAACCUUCUGAAAUCUCCCCGAAAUGGUGGGAUGGAAAUGGAAUUCCAAAUUCUACAAACAAAUAUAAGGAGGUACUUCAUAUUACCUUAUUCAUUCUGUUCUCACCGUUUGCAUUGUUAGAAGCUUCAUUCAAGGAACCAUCAUUUUGUUUUCAGGAUCAGAAAGUAAGUUGGCAUGCAACACCAUUUGAGGAGAGGUUAGAGAAGGCAUUGUCUGAAGAGAGUUUCAUCUCACAAAGGAAGCCUAUCAGCGGGAGGCCCGUAGUUUUUGACGAGUGCGAGGAAAGUGAUACGGCUGUAUCUCGGUUGCAAGCUUCUACACAAGCCAAGUCUGUUGGUCCAAAUUUCAGGAGGGGAGUGAAGGGUGGAGACCUUGAAUGGAAACAGAGAGAGCCAUAA